UAUAUAUAAAGAGUUUAUUUACUUGUUUACCAAUAAAAUUGGAAUUGAACUAUUAUUGAAUAACAUGUUGAUGUUUUUGAGAAAGCGUCGCACAGAUAAUGACAGUUCAGACCAGUAUUUGGAAUGGAAGAAAAAAACUGUGAUAGCCAACCAAAAACCAACAUUUGAACCUGAACUGACAAUAUUUGACAAAUUGAAUUCGGAUUGUAUGGAUGAAAUGCUAGAUUGGUUGGAUUUGGACAGUUUGUGUGCGUUAAGCAGAACUUGCAAAAGUUUACAAAAAUUCACGAAAAAUUAUUUCCAAUGGAAGUACAUAUCGCAAGAGUUUACAGUUGGCGAUGAGUUUGUUUACAAUCCAAAAUACGUGAAUUGUUUUGGUGAUGAUGUUCAAAUCUUACGUUUCUUCGAUUCAUCUCUGGAUGAUUUCAAAUUUGCUGGAUCAAACAUUAACUUAUGCCUGCGUGAAAUUGAGUUCAAUCAAACUUACAAGCUAGAAAAUUUGAUCACCAAAAAGCACAUCGAUCAUAUGAAGGACGUUCUUGAAAAUGUUAAGGUUCUAAGGGCCGUGGAUUGUGACUUCUCCAAGGGAUGCGCAAAAUAUCUACUUGAUUGUUCUAAAAAUGUUGAAAAUUUUGCAUUCAAAAUUCACAAGAAUGUCCAAAAAUAUAAAAUUGAAUUUCAACGUUAUCCAAGUAUGAAAAACAUUGAAAUUCAUUUUGACUCAAAGGUCAAAGUAACUGAAGUAAUGAAUAUGCUGAAAGAACAAAUUGGACACGUUUUUUUAGAUGAAUUGGUUUUGCUUUUUUGUAAGGAGCACGAUCCAUCUAUGGUUUUUACGGAAUUAAAUAUGAUGUAUAACAAACAAUUCUAUAAACAUUUAUACUUGAUGUUCAAAAAGAAAUCAAUGGUAUCCGAGCACAUUGAUCAGAUAGCCUCCGUAAAAGGUCUUAAAGGUUUAACGUUUUUAUAUACUAUUAAUAUAAGUACAGAUAUACAUUUGACCGAUAUCACUAAAUUACAAAACAUUAAAUAUUUGUAUUUAAACUCAUUACUGUGUAGAGUUGAUCAAAUUGCACAAUCAUUACACCAACUUGAAGAAAUGGAAAUAUCAGUUACAUCUAUUACUGCAAUCAUUUCAUUUGUUCGUUACUCAGCUAACUUAACAAAGCUUCACAUUGUCCAGGUUCGCGCAAAUAAUGAACAGUUUAAUUGGUCAAUUUUGGAAAAACAGAGAAUCAUGCUUAAAAAUGCAAAAAAAUUAGUUAUUUACAUGCCCGAGAAAAAGUUUCUGGAACUUAAGUGGUCAUCUCCUAAAGUGUCUAGCGUUUUAGUUGAGUUCAAAAGAGAAGAAAGCUAUAGACCGAAAAAUUUGACGUAUCACAUCAAUUCCGUUAAUUGAUGUUAUUGUUUACUGAACCUGAAAAUAGUUAUUUCAACGCAUAGCCCAGUUCAUAGAUUUUUUUUAAUGUUCUAUCAAAUAUACUUUGAAGAUAUUUCAUGGCAGUUUGUAAACAGGAUUGUAAUUUUGAUGGGAUUAAAAUAUUAUCCUUUCGGAUUUAUUUAAUAAAAAAUCCAAAUGGAUUAAAAUGAAAUAAGAAGGU